UCACUAUGAUAACCUGGCUUUUUGUUAGUGGCAUUCAGAUGAUUUUGCUAAUAAAUCCGACAUCAGGCACGAUAUAUCAGAUACAGUCCACUAAGGCAGUGUAUGAAAGUUUAACGGAUAAGGUGUUGGUCAAUGCUACCGUUAGUAAAUUGACGGGUCUAACUGUCUACCUCAACGUGUUCGAAGAAUUUGCCGAACUGUUGACUGACGUGAGCUUAAUGGUUGAUUUGAAUGACAGAAAUACUUAUGAUUUUGAUGUUGUGAGACGAACGAUCAACACAUGUCGAUUAUUCAGUGAACCGACGUAUGAACCUGUCGUCCAGUUUUUGUAUAAACUAUUUUUAAACAGUGGAAACUUUCCAAGAGAAUGUCCUAUUCGGAAAGGUCUCUAUUACAUCAAAGACAUGAAAGCCGAUCCCAAAAAUCUACCCCAGAUGAUGGCAGGAAAGAAAGCCAUUUUGAAUAUUAAACAUUUAGCGACGAUAAAUGAAAAAAUGACGCUACUCGUUUAUUACGAAGUACAUUUUGGCGUUGAAAGAUUGCAUGAAAGGAACGGAACCACAAAGCCAAGAAAACCCAAUCGAAAUAGGAACCGGAAUUUUGAUUAGACAAACGCUGAGCACUGUCAGUCAAUUUAAAGGAACUACUCUAUAAUCACA